CGCUACCACUAGUCUGAGCUCCCUAGAAGACGCCCUUAGCAACCAUAAGAAGAAUCAUAUCGAAUUUGAUACUCGUACAGCAGAGAAGACGGAUUAAACAUUCCCGUUGUAUUGCUCCGGUGCAUAGUGAAGAUAUCUUCCGAAAGUUAUGCCCGUGGAUUUUUUUUCUGCCGUUAUUAGGGGGUAUUGCCCUAAAUACAGAUGGCUAGAAAGCUAUUUGCCUAGCCUGCAAUAGCUAGCCCCCUUCUCAAGCGAAAACAGCUUCCCAAGCUGUCCGGAAGGAGGGUGAAUCUUGGGACCGAUCAGUGAACCGAACAGCUAGCCAAAAGCAGUAGCACUUUUUGCUACAAAGACAAGAGUAACAAGAACGGGGAUGAUUCUCUUGAUCGAUACAAUAAUCAAUCGACAGAGAAAGGCGAGGGGCACUCGGGUUAGAUCACCAACCUGUAGUUUUUGGACUCAACUUCUUUUUGACGAAGCAGGGAGCGUCGCUCACGCGGACGGGUGUUUUUGUGCCUCUGCUAGUUGGAAACGACCCCCACAGCCAAAGGCAUCACCAGAACUUUUUCACGCUGAAGCCAGGGCUAACGAUAGCUAGCGAGGGGAAAUGAAAGACAACUGAGUCUGGGUGUUGUUGGUUUUGGGAGAGCAUAACGAGAAUGUAUAGGUAGGUAAUAGUAAGUACAAAGUACAAGUGUUGACAUAAUUAUUUAUAUUCCUCAAAGUUGACUCAGGAGUCACUUGAUCCGUCGGCACCGCUUGCUAGCUAGCUAUAUACCAAUGCUACUACAAAGAAUACAAUACACAACUGCACAGUGAGUUGCUCUGAGGAUUUUUAUUUUUAUUUCAACGUGGCUUCGGAUGCUGGCAUCAACUUUAAUUUGCAAUCAUGAUGAUAUUAAGCAGAAAACCAGAGGGGCCAAUAACAGCAGCGCGCCAUGGGGAUGGGCUGUAUGACUCGUACAUGAGAACAGACCACCUGCUGAAGGACGAACCGGACGCCAACAGUCCCUCAGGGUUACCACCCAUACCAAAACACUCAGUCAGUAACAAGGGGGUGAUGAAGGACCAGGUGGGGGUCCGUGGAAGUCAGCUGAAGGUGAAGUACUUGUAUGAGGACUCCACCUACAACCGCAAGAUCAAUGCUGUUUCCACGGCGACAGCGCAGAACGGGACUGUGACAGCCCAGGCUCCUGGUAAGCCGGCCCCGGUACCAAGCCUGUCCAAGGAGCGGAGUGUGGAUAGCACGGGCUCCAGCAAGGGCUCCACAGACUCCACGGGGCCCCGGGGGACCAACGGGACGUUGAACGGUGCUGUGACGGGUAAGCUGUGUGGGCCCUUGACCCCAGAGCAGGCCUUGAGGCAGUACCGCUCCCAGCUGACCCCCCUGGAGCACACUGAGAUCCAAUCCUACCCUGAGAUUUACUUCCUGGGACCCAACGCCAAGAAGAGGCCAGCAGUCGCCGGGGGCAACAACAACGGAGGCUUCGACGACGAACAAGGGGGCUACAUCCAUGUUCCACACGACCACCUAGCCUUCCGCUACGAGUUCCUCAAGGUGAUUGGGAAGGGCAGCUUCGGCCAGGUGGCCAAGGUCUACGACCACAAGCUGCAGCAGCACCUGGCCCUCAAGAUGGUCCGCAACGAGAAGCGGUUCCACCGGCAAGCCCAGGAGGAGAUCCGCAUCCUGGAGCACCUACGCAAGCAGGACCGCACCGGCACCAUGAACGUGGUCCACAUGCUGGAGAACUUCACCUUCAGGAACCACAUCUGCAUGACCUUUGAGCUGCUGAGCAUGAACCUGUACGAGCUGAUCAAGAGGAACAAGUUCCAGGGCUUCUCUCUGCCGCUGGUCAGGAAGUUUGCCCACUCCAUCCUGCAGUGUCUGGAUGCCCUGAACCGGCACAGGAUCAUCCACUGUGACCUGAAGCCGGAGAACAUCCUGCUCAAGCAGCAGGGACGCAGCGGCAUCAAGGUGAUCGACUUUGGCUCCAGCUGCUUUGAGCACCAGCGGGUUUACACCUACAUCCAGUCCCGGUUCUACCGGGCCCCCGAGGUCAUCCUGGGCUCGCGCUACGGCCUGCCCAUCGACAUGUGGAGCUUCGGCUGCAUCCUGGCCGAGCUGCUGACGGGCUACCCCCUGUUCCCCGGGGAGGACGAGGGGGACCAGCUGGCCUGCGUCAUGGAGAUGCUGGGCAUGCCUCCGCAGAAGAUCCUCGAGCAGGCCAAACGGGCCAAGAACUUCAUCAACUCGAAGGGCCACCCGCGCUACUGCGGGGCCAACACUCUGCCGACGGGCGCCACCGUCCUGACGGGCGCCCGCUCCCGCCGGGGGAAGAUGCGAGGCCCCCCGGGCAGCAAGGAGUGGAGCUCGGCCCUGAAGGGCUGCGAGGACCCCACCUUCACUGACUUCAUCAAGAAGUGUCUGGACUGGGACCCCUCGUCCCGCCUCACGCCUGCCCAGGCCCUGCGCCACCCCUGGCUGUACCGCCGCCUGCCCAAGUCCCUGCCCGUGACGGAGAAGAGCCAUGGGGCCGUGGUGAAGAGGCUGCCCGAGCACCACGGCACCUCCUUCCCCUCCAUCCUGGCCAAGGGGGGCCCUGGUCUGGGGACCACCACAGCCGCCAACAACAAACUGAGGAGCAACAUGAUGGGAGACUCUGGGGGAAGCAUACCCCUGCGCACCGUCCUGCCCAAGCUUGUCUCCUAGAGAGACAAGUCCCUCAACCCCUCCUCCACCUCCUCUUCACUCCUCCGGGUGCUCCGGGGGAGUAAGGGACAGUGGCCAGGAGUGUAGCGUAGGUUUUAAAUUUGUUGGGUUGUAUUCAUUUUUCUUUGUUUUUUUGUUUGUUUUCUACAAAGCGGGUCUCGACACCUAGGGUCUUGGAUUUGGAACCUUUAUAUGAGCUGAACAAUUACAAAGACUAUAAAGGUUUUUCUACAGCAGAUUGACUGAGUGGCUGUGUGCUUUCUCUCUGCCAGCCAUGGUGGAAGAUCUUUUAUUUCCUGAUGACCGCGCUGUGGAGUGAGUUGUCUGUGCUGGAGACCAGUGGAUAUUUGACUUUUGUAUGUGUGUUCUCACGUGUGUGUGCGUCCCACAAAUCACGCACUAAAGCACACCUGCACAGGCACUGACACACGCUCUCUCAGCGCUCAUAUCUCACCAUCCUUCUGAGGACGGUGUUUUAAACGUGUGAAAAUCCUAAGGGCUAAAAGAUGACUGUUGUAUCAGGUAGAACAAAAAAAGACAAAAACGAUGUUCAAUUAUCUUGGAUUUCAGAGUUAAUGAAUCAUGAUUUAGGAUCUGCUUUAGAAGCUCACAGACACACACACACACACGUAACCAAAUUGCUACAUAGUGAUUGGCUGUUGUUAGGUUAACAGUACAUGCCCCUCUCAUCUUUCUAUCAGAUUUUUCCUCUUCUGCUCUCUGUUCCGUGUGUGUGUGUGUGUGUGUGUGUGUGUGUGUGUGUGUGUGUGUGUGUGUGUGUGUGUGUGUGUGUGUGUGU